AUGGACACACCGGCUCCUCUAUUUCGAGCCCUGGCCACAUCAACGCGGCCCAUCUAUCAGCUCCUCCGCUGCAUCAGCUUUUCCAACAAGGUGCACGUGGAGAUAUCCGGGGACGGGAUCAAAUUCAUAGCCGACAAUGCCCGGGUCAUGCAAGAGGAGAGCACAGGCAUGGCAUCGCUAGGCAAGUCCUUGUUUGCGUCAUUUUCUUUGAACCUGCCCAAGCCCGGCGGGCGCAACGGGGACGACGGGGACGAAGAUGACAGCGAUCCUCUCCCGGCCACGUUUCAGAUCUCUCUGCCGGCGCUGCUGGAGGCGAUCCAGAUCUUUGGCGUGACGGAUGCACCGUCAGGCCGCCAGAGCAAGUCCGACCCAGACACAUACCGGAGCAACAUGCGGACUGCCGACGCCUUCAGCCACCAGAUAUUGGGAAUGCCUGGCACUUGCUGUCUGUCGUAUCCGGAAGAGGGCGCGCCGUUUGGGAUCAUCCUGGAGGAGGCAUCGGUCAAGACGACGUGCAACCUGGCGACAUACGUGCCGGAGUCGCUCGAGGCCAUCCCGUUUGACCGGGACGACCUGCUGUUCAAGAUCAUCAUGCAGCCACGGUGGUUGCUGGACGCGCUGGUGGAGCUGGCACCGUCGUCGCCGAACCUGCUCACGAUCGCGGUGACGCAGCGCGAACCGUAUCUGCGGCUGUCGAGCCAUGGCCCGCUGGGCAGCUCGAGCGUCGACUUCUCGCGCGGGCGCAGCCUGUUUGAAUCCAUUUGGGUGGGCGAGCGGUGGGCGCAGAGCUACAAGUUCGACAUGAUCAAAUCGGCCACGGAGGCGAUGCGCAUCGCGAGCAAGGUCAGCAUCCGGGGAGACCGGCAAGGCGUGCUGAGCCUGCAGUUCAUGGUGGAGAUGGACCACGCCGGGGGAGGAAUGGGCACGGGUGCAGGCAGUAUUGGGGUGGCGGGGGGGAUGCAGUGGCUGCACUUUACGUUUGUGCCCUACAUCACGGACGAAGAAGACGAUCCGGAGGCCGAGGGGGUCGAGGAAGCCGAGGAGGGCGACGAUGAGGACGAUGAACUGUAG